AUGCCAACUCAAGAAAAUAUUACAGGGCAGGAACUCUCAGAAUCUGCCUUGGGAAUCUGCCUCGAGGGAGAGAGUCUGAGCCACAUUGAGGGUGCUGUAGCGACCGCGGACCGUCACCAGUCACGCCGACUCAUCAGGCCCCCAGCGAACCAGCAUCUUUCCAAAUCGCGCACUUUGGGUAUUGGUCGAGACGCCAAUCAUCGAAGCGGCGCUUCACGAAACUUCCGCGGCCGCCAGAUGUCCUCCAUUGCUGCCCGACUGCACACUGUUAGCGCGCGAAGUCCUCCGAAUCGAAGGGUGAAGCAAAGCUCGCAAAAGAUGCCGAAACGAAGACGAGAUCGCGAGGGCUCCUUUGCUACGACGUCCCAGCCCUGGCACGUCAAAAGCGGGGGAACACGCUUGACGCGCGCUAGUGCGAUGCGUUCCGUGCCAAUCGCUUGCCAAGCACGUCAAGAUCACGUCACUACCCGCGCCCGUCUCAUGUCGAGUCAGCCGAAGCCGACGCCAGCGCAACAAUCUUGUUCAACAAUGCUUUUGUGCGGAUGCACUGCGCGAUCAUCAUGCAGAGGUGUCGGAACUAGCCGACAGGCUUAUCAGAGCUUGGAAUCAACUAUCACGACCAAUCAGUGCAAUCGCACCCUCAACCCGGAUAUUGGGCCGGCCCACCGUACACCGUACGACAUCUGA